AUUUCCACUCCCACUACUCACACUGCACCUUCAUGGCGUCCCUCACUCCCGGCGUCCUCUCCAAGCUCCUAGAGAAUGCCGGCAGCAAGGUAACCGCCGCACACCGCCAGGCCCUCCUCCAGGUCACGGAGAUCGUGCCUCGUCUCUCCUCCACCUCCGCCCUGCAGACCCGCGGCUACUUCAUCAAGCUCUCCGACUCCCUCCACUCCGCCUUCGUCUCCGUCCCCGACGACGACGCCCACCUCAUCUGCUCCAACAAGCUUCAGCUCGGCCACUUCGUCUACGUUACCCGCCUAGACCGCGCCUCCCCCGUCCCCAUCGUCCACGGCCUCACCGUCCUCCCCAAGCGCCGUCCCUGCGUCGGCAAUCCAACCGAGCUCCUCCCCGGCGCGUCCCUCCACGCGCUCCAGAGCCAGACUGAAGGGGUGAAGAAGAGGGUCGCUGAGAAGAAGGUGGAGACGAGGAGGUUGAGUUUGGACUCUGCGAGAAGGGUCUGGGAUCAUAGCCCUGUUCGCAAGGAGAAAACCGGUUCUGCGAGUUCCGGUGGUGGUAAACUCAAGCACAAGAAAUCCAACCCCACUUCGCCUAACGUGAUAGACAAGAAGCUUUCUACUAAAGCUGAUUCUCCGCUAAAAUCUCCAACUUCUAGUGUCUCACCCUUGAAGAAAGAAAACGAGAAUCUGUGUCCAAAAUCAUUGACAAACACUCCUCUGAGGAAGAGUACUGGCAGUAGGUCACCCUGUGGUGGCACUGUUCAUACCCAACUAGUAAAGGUUCCCCUCAAUUUCAAGACUUGGUCUUACGAUACUCCUGAAUCUUGGGAUGAUCUCUCACCCUCCAUGUGUGAUCUUGCAAAGCAAGUUGUAGGUCAUAGAAAUUUUACUUUUUUGGUGGCUGUGCGGUCUCUUGAAGAAGCAUCUGCUACAGAUACUGUGAUCCAAUGCAUGUGCAUGUUUGCAGAACUUUGCAAGUCAUAUCAAACACAUUCUGCUGGAUCACUUGUGAAGCAGUUUUUGGAGCUUCACCUGAGUUUGCGGAGAGUUUUAGUGCUGUUUGAUUCUUUACUCACCCCAUUUCCCGAACCAAAGCCAUGUGGCCACUCUACCCUGCAGUGUGCAACAGAAGAUGCUGGCAAAGUUCCCAGUGGAAUGAAUGCUAUAUCUUGGGUACAAGCUGCCAUAGGUACCAAUCUUUCCAGAUUCAAUCUAUUUGAAAAACAGGUGAAAAGUGAGGUUCUGAAUGAUGAGAAAUGCCAUUAUGUUGUCAUUGAGAAUUCUCCUGAGGACAUCAAUACUGAGAAUGCAACUGCCCAAAGCAAGCAAAACCGAGCAACUCAAGCAAGUCCCUUGCCGAAUUCAAUUGCUAAAAGGCUUCCUUCUGCGAAGCGGAAACUCUUGGCAACCAAGAACAAGGAUGCUGCCAAGCAGGAUCAAUCAAAAGGAAUUGAAAUAAAGGUGGCUGCAAGUUUGGCUGAAAAACUGCUCGAGGCAUCUAGUGAAUGGUUCCUGGAGUACUUGGAGGAGUCCCUACGGAAUGAAUUUGGAUUGAAAAAUGAAGUGAACACUGAAAUUGCAAGUCUUCUCGGACAGCUCAAACAGGUGAAUCACUGGUUAGAUAAUUUGGUUGGUGGAGAUAAUAAGGUCGAUCGGAGAGUAGAGAAGCUAAGGAAAAAAUUGUACCGGUUUCUACUAGAGCAUGUUAAUUCCACUAUUGCUUCUAAUUAAUAAAUGUGCAAUAACUCAAUGACUAACAAAAUUGAGAAUAUGGAGAUUACUAUCCUCAA